AUGAACACAACAAAAGGCACGUCCACAAUGCGAAAAAGUUUCAAUGGAGCCCAGACUUUGCGUGCCGAAGUAACGAAUUACCCUAUUAAGUUUCUCUAGCAACUGAGAAAGAAGCUACCCAUUUAAGUAGCAAAUGAAAAAAACUAACAGCUGAGAAGGUUUAACGUACGACGCAUUCCCGACAAAAUCCAGACAUACGAACUGCGUUAACUCCACGGAUAAGUCACCCGUGGACGUGCCCUCUAGUUCCUCCAUGACUCUUUGUGUAAAGGCGGAAGAUUACCGACGAAAACACCAAUUAAAACUCCAAUAGCUUCCUAAAUUGCCAUAAGAUUGCAGUUUUAGUCGCAAGAAUACCUUAACUAUGAGAGAUCGGAAGAUGAAGAUGCGAUCACUGGGACAAGAAGUUUAUUUGCCUGGCGUUUCGGAUUCUCACUCGAAUCCAUCAUCAGAGACAUUCGCAGAUAGAGGUGAAGGUGGCACCAGGAGUGCAGUAUUUAUAGCACGUGGCUGCCGUGGGACCGUAUGCGCACUGCAAUUAACAGUUCUCACAAUCGCCGCUGGGGUCGUAAUUGAUGCGGCGGUGGCUUGGCGGUCCGAGUCCGAGUUGUUAAUCGCCGCGAUUUCGUCAUCCGUGCUCGGUGUUGGUGUGACGAUUGCUCGGCAAACUGGCUCACUGUCACCGUGAUAAUUGCUCACCCGCGCCCUCCCCACGUGACUGAUUCUCCUGCCCAGGGAAAAUCGCAAUACGGAAUAGGGCACCGGGAGGUCAUUGUGUUUGUUGAUGGAUUGCGGGCCUGAGAACCAUGACUCGAGCAGCUCGCGGCUCACGCGGUUGUCACCCCUUGCGAGGAUUUCGGCCUCUUGACAUUUGAAAAUAUGGCCGGGUCCCGUCGAGUGUGCCGCCACCUGAGAGUUAGCGUCUCCCCGCCUCACUGCUGCUGCGUGCUCGGCAAGUCGCGUACGGAGUAAUCUCCCAGUUUCUCCGACAUAAUUGCUUUGUCCGCAACUACACCAGAUCCGGUAAACGACUCCAGACGUUUCCUGCCGUGGCAGCGGGUCUUUUCGCCUCAUUACUUGGCGCCUAAUGGUUGCUUCCGGCCUGUGUGCAACCCCAACUCCAAGUGGAGUGAGAAGACGACUGACGGCUUCCGAGACGUUCUUCACGUACGGAAGAGCCCGCCAAAAUUUGGGGCUAGUUAGAUUUGGUCUCUGGAGUCCGUUUCGUAUGCACUGGUUGACAAAGUUGCGCGGGUAGCCAUUGGCUCUCAUUACCCGUCGAAGAUAUUGUAAUUCAGCAACCUUGUCUUCCAUUUCACUGCAGUGCGUCUCAACACGCCGGCAUAGCGCCCUUACGCAACUGCGUUUGUGACUGAUCGGGUGGUUGCUAUUGAAGUUCAGUAUUUGCGUCGUAUUUGUCGCUUUCCUGAACACUUUGGUUUUUAGGCCACCACAAUCUUUGCGGCAGACGAGGACAUCCAGGAAGGCCAGCUGAUUGUUUUCCUCCUCCUCCAUCGUAAAUUGAAUGUCCGGGAAGACGGCGUUGAGUUGUUCUUUGAAAGUCAGCACCUGAUCCCGUUCGAUGACGACGAAGGUGUCAUCCAAAUACCGAGCCCAGAAUUUCGGUCUGUGGUGUCGGAAAACCAGCGACUCCAGCCGUUGAAGGACCGCCUCGGCUAUGAGUCCCGAAAUCGGCGAACCCAUUGGCGUUCCCUACACCUGCUCGUAGAUUGUUCCGUCGAAUGUAAAGUACGUCUUGAGACAGAACUUCAGGAGCUGGAUGAUUUGGGCGUGUCCGAGGCGAUUCUCCGUUUCGUCGUACUUCUCUCGUAG